CGGGCCGGGCGGGGGGAGGAGGAGGAGGAGGCGGUGCGGGGUUGCGCUGCGCUGGGCACCAUGCCGUUCGUGGAGCUGGAGACCAGCCUGCCGGCCGAGCGGCUGCCGCCGGGGCUGGCCCAGAAGCUGUGCGCCUCCGCCGCCACCAUCUUGGACAAGCCGGCGGAGCGGGUGAACGUGACGGUGCGGAGCGGGCUGCCCAUGGUGCUGUCGGGCUCGGCCGAGCCCUGCGCCCAGCUGCUCGUCUCCUCCAUCGGCGUGGUGGGCUCGGCGGAGCAGAACCAGCGGCACAGCGCCCGCUUCUUCGACUUCCUGACGGCGCAGCUGGGGCUCGGCCCCGAGCGGAUUGUCAUCCGCUUUUACCCACUGGAGCCCUGGCAGAUUGGCAAGAACAGAACAGUCAUGACUUUCCUCUGAUCCCUCAAGCGGCCAGCUGGAACAAAGCAAUGAUGAAGACAACCCAGAGAUGACCAACUCCAUCUACUUGUUUCCUCCUAUGAUCAAAUCUGUGUAGCUCUGCCCCUUCACCUGUAUGAUUCACUUCUGUCUUUGCAUCCUGUGCACACAGAGCUCAAGAGUGGGGCAAUCAGCUGUACUGACUUUACUAAAAUAGUUCCAGGUCUUUGUCUCAAGCCUGUCUUGUAGCCCAAAGCCUCCCCUGGUACAGUCUGGUCAUGGCCUAGAAAAAGCUCCUUUGCAACAGCAAAAAGCUUAAUUCCAGAAUACAUUUGGCUUUAGUGAGGACCAGAGAGGGUCUUGGUUUCAUCCAGAUUUCCUCAUACUUUGGAAGGCAGGAAGAUCCUUGUUUCUCUUUCUCUGUGGCAGCAGAAGGGUCCCAGGCUGGCUAAGAAGACCUCGAGUCAAAUUCUUCUCUUUUCGGGCUCCCCAAAAGCCCUUUCUGGAAAGAGAUGUGAUUAUUGGGAGGGAGUUUAUGCAUUUAUAUCAUUGUUUCUUUAAGACUCAUGUCAGAUCUUGUGCUCUGUGCUCUACCAUUGGUACGCCCAAUGGCUUGUCCCACAAAAUGUUACUUGUCCGCAAGAUUUUUACAGCUGAAUGUUUCUGUGCCGAUGGCAGCGUGUAGAGGAGGGAUUCGCUUGUGAAGAAUUGCACUGUGCCACAGGAAAAUAUUUUGAAGGUUCUACUAUUGCCAGCUUUAAUUCCUGUCAUUCACCCAGUUGUUCAAAGUACUUUUCCUCCACUAUUUCAGGGAGUUUUGGAGCAUCUCACUGUGUUCUGUGGAUGGUGUUUUCUGCUCACUGUCCCCAUGGGGAAGCGGUUUGGGUUUUUUAGGCCCAUAUGGUCCCUCACGUUGUAAUUGGAAUACACAUGGCAUUUUAUUAAAACAAAAGCAGGGUAGGUUUUAUGUAUAAUGUUAUCGCUGCCUUCCACUGAUAAUGAAAACAUUUAUCAGUUUCCUUUCCACUUUGUGACUUGGUCAGGUCCCAGAGGGAGCUCACGGGAACUGAGAAUGUGCCCUUGCGACAUGGGGGUGCAUGGGAACGCAGGGCUGAAGGGUGCUUCUGCGCUCCUUUGUCAUUCUGAUCGGACUUUGGUUUGUUAUGACUUGAGGUCUCAAGAUAGUUGAAAAUAUUCCUUCUAAUUACCAUUUGAAGUUGGUUGUUCCCUGUGCAUAAUAAACAUCCAUGUUUGCAAAAUCUGGCAGGGCUGUAAUACCAAACACAAAUUGUCUGUCAGGCUGGGGGGGGCUGCACCUAUCUGGUUAAUAAAAUGUAUCCAAGCCUC